GGAGAGUCCUUCCGUUCCUCUGUGUUUUUCCCCGUGUCAACUCAUGCUCUAGAGCCUUGGAAAUACAGAGAUCCUUGGAGCGUAAAUCAGGACAGAAAAUCGUUAUUCCACGUCAACUCCGUUCAUGGUACUCUUUGUUUUAUUCUGAAUUUUAUUGACUUUUACUAGAGAGGGGUAAAGGUGUGGCUGCUUAGCUAGGAUUGUCCAUGGAUUCUGGGCCAGCCUUUAUUUUUAUCCAGCCUUUUUUGCUGUGUUUUUACAGCCUUUUUGAAGGUUUGGCAACAUUGUUGUGGACCCGGAAUAUAAAGUGAUCAGUCCGAGAAAUGUAAUCUUUAGGACGGUGACUAGUUUGCUUCCUAGCUAGCUGAACGCAAGAAAAUGUUGUGAAAUCCAGCUAACAUCUUGUGAAUGACGGUUUUUGGUUUUUGAUCCAUGAUGCAGAAAGUGUCACUUUGUUUCUGCGGAGAGAAAUUAAUAUUUGCUUCUCAAAAUCAUUUUUGUUUAUCUGACGAAACUUUUACUCCCAAAACGAAUUAGUAGAGACAGUGCCAGUUCUAAACUUAGUAGGUGUGAACCGCCAGUCAGAAGAGGGGUAACCUGCCCUGUGAUCCGUCAGAGAAGAGAAUCUGUAUAGACUGUCUUAAGAAGAAGAAGAAGAAGGAGAAGAAGAAGAAGAAGAAGAAGAAGAAGAAGAAGAAGAAGAAGAAGAAGAAGAAGAAGAAGAAGAAGAAGAAGAAGAAGAAGAAGAAGAAGAAGAAGAAGAAGAAGAAGAAGAAGAAGAAGAAGAAGAAGAAGAAGAAGAAGAAGAAGAAGAAGAAGAAGAAGAAGAAGAUGGGGGGUUAAAAGUGACACAGUAGUCUUGUCUUUUACUUUUUGCUUUCUCUCCUCUCCUCUUUCUUCGCUUUUCUUGCCUUAUUUUUUCUCUCUUGCGGGGCAUUUAGUAUGCUUCAUUUUGGUGGGAAAAGUUUUAAGGAAAGCUUUUAGGAUCUUAGCAUUAGAUGAAAGCAAAGGUAUAGGUGGACAGUAGAACAAGAUUUUCAUGGAAAUUUUCAGGUCAAUGUUACCUGGUUUUCUGCCUUUUUCUCCGGUGUCCUUGACUGAAUUGUGCUCAUUCUGGUAUGGUUUGAAAGAUCUCUUCACUCUGCACAAGUUGGCAGACAAAGUUAUCCUUGACCAUUAAAAACGGAUGACGUCACAAGCGGUAGAAAGGAGGUGGAUUCGCACGGGCGGCUCAAAGGCGUGGGUUAAUUGUCGCAAGCCAUGCACAAUCAAGACCCAAUAUAAGACACUGUUAACAGAGUAAACGAAGGUAAAUUACGUAUCUUAUCAUCUGUCAAGCCAAAAAAAGGAGCGUCAUCGCCUCAUUAGUUUCUUUUCACUGAGUUUGAAAAAUCCAUUCAUCCACUAGUUUAAAGAAAAAAAUCGCACAAAUUGUAAAUUUUAUAGAUAUUCUUAGCAGUGUUGCAGCUAUGAAAUCAAUCAGCUUAUAAAUGCAACAAAAACCCAUUAUCCCUUUUUCCUUCUCAGACCCAGAUCUAUAACUGAAGGAAAUGUUAAACCGCAAACAAGAUAGUUUACAUAUUUUCUGCAUUUCUUGUUUUCGCUUGUUGUGCCGCGGGGCUUAUCCUUUUCACUUGUUGCUAUAGCAACGUAAGAGUCGAUGAAGUAAGAUGGUCUCCUUCUAUGCGAUCUUGUAAGGAAAAGCAUCAAAGAAUUUCAUCAAUUUACUUUUCAGCAUCAAAUGUAAGUGAGAAUUCUCUUAUCUGAUUUACUCAACGAACUUCAAAGGGCAUUUUGUUUCUUCUUACAAAAGAUCUGCGAUUUAGGCGCGUAAAAUGUCUAGUCUCCCGCGACAACACAAAUUCGACUGGCCAUCGUAGAUCUUUUGUGAUUAUUUGUUCGUUUCUGUGUCAACAUGACUUUAGAAUUGCUUGCAUUUGUUACAUUAAUAUUAUAUUAGAGUGAAGUUCCUAAAGAGCCUCAGCGAUCGCCGGAUGAUCGAGUACUAUAAUCUUUAACGUAAAGAAUGUAAGCUUGUGUAAAGAAAACCGCGUAUGCCUUUAUAUAAUUCCUCUCUCACAACAGUACACGGGGUUAAACAGUCGUUUUCAAGCAUUGCUUUGUUUAUAGCUGUUUGAUUGGAAGGGAAUUUAUGAUGAAGUCUUCUUUUACAAUAAUCGUUGUCAUGUAAUUAAACGAGAAGUGACCCGGGCUGCUGAUGUAUGAUUAAAAACCCAUUCCUUGGCCAUGUUGACGAAGAUCUGUUCGGAGACGACUUUGAUUUAGUACACGCUUUGAUUUAAUACUACUAAAGAAGUGGUUGAUCAAGAGGUUCAAGUGGUGGUGUCAGGGUUUUAACCUGUUUUAUGCAUGUGCAUAGAGUGCAUAGAAUAACAAUCAUGUCCAAGUAAAGAACAACAGUUCCGAUCAGCUGUUCUAAAAAUACUUAAAACAUUGUCUUCACACCAUAUUUGUGGAAUUUUAAAGGGCUAGAUCUACAGCCACAAUCAGGGACAAAAUAAAUGGAAAACUGUCUUAGACCCCCCUCACAACAAGUCAAAAAUUGGAAAAUGGCGUGUUUUGGUUGUCACGCAGCUUCACCUUGAUUUUGGGGUGUUAGGGUUUUUGCUUUUACAUUUUGUUGUGUCCAUGAUUGCAAUCUUGGACAAAAUAAAGGAAAAUUUAGACCCCCACCCUCCCCUCCAAAUUAAAAAUGGGAAAAUGGUGGGUUUUGGCCUUUGCACAGGUUCAUCCUUGAUUGCUGGGGGAUUGUGAGUUUGCUGUUCCAUUUUAUUGUGUCCAAGAUUGUAGCUUAAAUAAAUUUGUGGGCGGUGGUGAAACAGGAACUGAAGGUAUACUUCCCCAGCUCAAGAGAAAAGAGUUUGUGUUUUGUUACAUUACCUCAAAACUGAAAGAAGUGUUGUUUUGUAGACCGUUACACUGUAUAAGAUGUUGACAAACUCGUGCCAACCAUAUACUUUAGCACAUUGACAUUAAAUUUAUAAAAUUGGUGUAUGUGAGAAAAUAGUCAGGGAGUUUUACCUGUUUUGCCAAAUAUGUUCUCGUUGAGAUUAUCCAUGAUUUAUUGAGAGGAAAAACUUGACACAACAAGUUUUGAUUUUGAAAGAGAAAACUUAAAAUAGCCUGUGGGUGAUCGACCCCUUACAGGGAUGCUGCAAACCCGGUCAAGUUUCAGCAAGGCUAUCAUCAUCACAAAACUCAGUGGUUCGAUAGUGGCAAAGUCACUGGUGGUGCAGGUGGAAGCGGGCUUGUUUAUGGUUCAGACCCAAGCAAUAAAAGCACUGGUAAGAUGACUGAUUAGAAGUCUGCACCUCAUGUCAUGUUCCCCUGUUCUGUUGCUCAGACUGGGCAGGCUGAAGCCUCUCACUUUCUGCACUACGGCGAUAAGAGCACUGCUUUAAUUUUAACUUUUUUAGUAAUACAGGUGAUAGUGUGAUAAAAGGAGUUGUAAAAAGUGGAGUUUCAGGCUCUGUGUGUAUGUAACGGCUUGAUAUAUAGGAUAUAACAAUAAGAUGAAAUGGUAAAUAAAAUAACAUAAAAUGCUGUGUGUGAUGAUAGAUAUAGAUUUAGAUUAAUGCUGUCAUACUGUGAAGUUGAAGACAGCAUUUGAUGUCAACAUCAUCAUUCUUUUUUUUUCCUUUUUAGUGUGAUCUCUCUGAGGGGUCAAAUAUGUAAAAUUUAAACCCUGUGCCCUACCCAGACUGCUCUUAUCAAGGGUUUGAUUCUAAUUUUCAGACCAGCAUCUCUGUCCAUUUUAUACAGGGGUGACCUCCACUCAUAUUGUAAACUGCCACUUAAACUGGAUAAGCACCACCCCCCCCACCAUUAUAGGCCCAUAAUUUUACCCGAAAACAAAAUGACCCCCUCCCGCGGAUGUAAGCCCCCUUUCAAAUGUAUUGACAUGAAUUCAAUAAUUGAAAAUAAUAUAACAUUAUUAAUUUAUUAUGUCAUUUUAAAACUCAGUUGAAAAUCAGGAAGUACAAACAUAUUUUGAUCAGCACUAUUCUGUUCUGGUCAUAAAUCUCCUUGGACACAAGCCCCUCCAUUAUUAAGCCCUCCCAGGACUCCUUACAAAGAUGUAUAUAAACCCAGGGCUUGUAAGCGGUAGUUUUCAGUAUGGUCUGAUAUGAGUAAACAAGCAAUCCAAGCUCAAAAUUAAGUCAACAUUCUCGUAAGUUGGUUUAUUUAUACUUACAGUGUUACCGAAGGAGCCGCAGAGAGCAUUCCCUUUCUCCAUGCAGGACACUCAGCGGCCAUUAAGCAAGAAUUAUCAUUUACAAAAUACACACAGUAAAGGGUUUGAGUUGGCAGUAUCCUCCUCAAAUGAUUCAAGACCACUGAAUGAUAGAUUCACUAAGAAGCAACAUUUUGUACAAGGACGGGUAUGUAAAACCACUUUCUUUUAGCUUAGACAAACACUGUUUACAAAAAGCUCCAUUGAUUGGUUACCUGAAUGGCUUUAAUUUUGAAGAGAGUUUGUUCCUGGUAUCCCUGUAUGGUACAAAUUUAUUUCACAAUAUUUCGAACACCCUAAAAUAACACACAAUGGUUUUUCAGCGUGAACCAGUAAUUCUAGUGAUCUGUACUAACAAAUUGUACCUUGGCUGAUUCUUGCCUUCAAAAUAUUCCUUUUUCUUUUUGUUUAAUGUCGCUAUUAAGAAGAUACUGAUCCCAAAUCUUGAAUAAAAUUUUUUGGUGAACCCUCUUAUAACCUUGCCUGUUCCACAUCUCACAUUUUAAAAGUUUGACAGGAGAAAUGGUUUUUCUGGAGGUGUUGGGUGGGGGGGGGGGGGGGGGGGGGGGGGUCGGCCUCCCCCCUUUUUGCCCGUGGGGGUUUUUGUGGGGGUGUGUUUUUUUCUUUUUAAAAAAGGGAGGGGUGUUUUUUUUUUGGGGGUAUAAUAUAAAUUUUUUUUUUAAUUGUUCUUUUUUUUUUUUGUUUUCGGGGGUUUGCAGACAACAAAAUAUGUUUUUGUAUAUAAGUAGGGUUUUCUUGUACCCAUAACCCAAAUUUUUUAUUAUAUUUAUUAUAAUAUUUGUAUUAUAAUAUAUGUUAUUUUUUUUUUUUUUCGUCUUCCCUUGUCUCCGUCUUCUUUUUCUUUUGUGGAGUUGGUGGGGGGGGGGGGGGGGGGGGUGGGGGGGGGGGGGGGGGGGGGGGGGGGGGGGGGGGGUGGGUGGUCAUGCUCUCCCCUUCUCUGCUCCUGCAGUUUUUUGCUGGCUGUGCUUGUUUCACUGUCAAAAAUGGACAGGAGUUGCUUAUUUUGGGGCAUAUAAUAAUACUUUUAGUUAAAUGUCUCCUUUAAUUUAUAGAUUCCCGGUGGUUCAGCAAGCAAUAGAAUGAUUUAUGGUACAGAUGAGGUCCUUCGUCAAGCCCAACUCAAAGAAGAGGCAAACAGACCCUUAGGGUUUCUUUAUGGAACAGAUGCUGCUACAAAGGUUGGAAGACCUGCGCCUGCACCACGCCCAAAUAACUCACUAUGGCUGGAAGAGAGAACGUGAGUGUAAAAAAUUUAAAAGGAAAGUCUGAUUUUCUUGUUUUUUGUCAUGUUCAUGUAAAGAGGCAUGUCCUAAACUUGGCUGACCCAUCUUUUGUGUCUGAUGAAGUCUCUCUGAUUUCUAGAAUUUCCCACCUCGGGGAAGGGUACUCCCUUAUGGUGCACUGGACAGGGUGUGGCCAAUGGCCUCUUUUUAUCCCGCAAAGUGUAUUCAAUUACAUGAGCUUGCCCUAAACAAGGCCAUGAUUUUUGGUAAAGAAACAACUGAACAAUUUGUCCUUUGUUUUAAACUGGGUUCAAAAACAUGGGUUAUAGUUCUGUUUACAGGGAAGAAAUAUAUGUCUUAGGAUUCUUUUAAGAUAAACCUUUGACCAGCAACAGCCCUAACAUUGGACAAUUAUUCAAGUUCCCCCCUCCCUGGGCCACUCCCUUCAGUGGUGGAUCCAAGGGAGGGGCCUGGGGGACCUGCCCCCCUCCCCACGCCUUAUUUUUAUACCAAACUGAGGCCCGAAGACUGAAAAAAGUAUUUUUUGAGACCCCGCCCCCCACUUACCUCAGGGUCUGGAUCCGCCACUGCCCUUGACAACGAUGAACCCAAUUGAUGACAUGACUGAGUUAUCAAGGGUGAGAUGAUUUGUCACUCUAACUUUUAAAUCUGGACAAAAUCUUGUGGUGUUACCAUUCAGAUGAAACCUCUUUGGCAGAACUUUUGCCAUGUAAUACUUAAAUCUUAAGAUUGCACAAAAUUAAGGCAAAUUUGGAAUAUUUUUUUGAAAUUUUUUUAUUAAGGGUUAUACCCUUAACAGCAGUACAUUAAUGAUGUAAUUACGUGUACUACAGCUGUACUCAUAUAACUUAUCUAAGUGGUGGUAAUGCCUCACAUAGCGAUAGUAAAGUCACUGUAUGAGUGUAAGGAUCUUACAAUAAUUAUUAUUUUACAAUCUUAUUAUUAGGAUAAAAUAAAAUUAUUGUAAUUAACCGAUCAAACUUUAAUUUGCAAUUUCAGUGAAAAAGAUGCCCUCAAAAACCAAACUUUAGCACAAACACAAGGUAAUAAUAUUUGACUCAAAGUUGGAUUUAUUUUUUGUUAAAAAAUUAAGGCAUACUAAAAUUUACUCUUUCAGAUGAGUUUUUAGCAAGACAUUAUGAAGAGAAAGCAAGGCAGAGGCAAGCAAUACAGGAGGAAAAGAGAAAGGUAUAUAAAAUCAUUGAUUAUAUUAUUGACAAACAACCACAGAUGGUCUUGGCCCGCACUAAUAUUGCUAGCAUGUUCAAAAAUCCAUUUUUGGAUUUUUGUUUCAUUUGUCACUAAACAGAAGAAAAGAAUCUCAAGGAUCUAGUUUAAUGUUGGAUUCUCUUGAAAAAGUGCACCCUUAACAUUCACUUUUGUUUUAAUCGCAUUUGUCAAAACGCAUCCUAAUCUUGGUGUUCCUGUGGUACAAAGCCACAAAUUUGCGAGGUAUCAGGGGCGACUGUCAAUUAGCUGCCCCCUCUGAUUUUAUCAGGGGCAUCUCAGCUGGGAAACUGGACUCCUUUCAACUCGAUUUCCUUUCCGUAAGUGAUGAACGUGGGUCUGUAAUCAAUGAUUAUUGCCUCUGGUCUCAUUAAUAAUAUUGGCAUUGUUUUGGUCUCUCAAAAACUUUCAGGAUCUUGAAGCACUAAGAAGCUAUCAUCCUUGGGGGAGACCGGGUGGUGGUGCACCUCUGAAUGUGAGUGUGUAUAUAUUAUAACAAACCGUAAUAUUAGUUUUGUUUUUUGCAGGGUGGGUGGGGAGGGGGGAAAGGGAAAGGGAAAGCGGCAGNUUUUGGUCUCUCAAAAACUUUCAGGAUCUUGAAGCACUAAGAAGCUAUCAUCCUUGGGGGAGACCGGGUGGUGGUGCACCUCUGAAUGUGAGUGUGUAUAUAUUAUAACAAACCGUAAUAUUAGUUUUGUUUUUUGCAGGGUGGGUGUGGAGGGGGGAAAGGGAAAGGGAAAGUGGCAGAGUGCUGUUUUUAAUAAUUUUUCUCCCUAAAAUAUAAAAUAUUGCAUGGCUGCCAGUAAGAUUUCAAGUUUCUGGGUAUAUGCAGUAAUUGGGUGUGUAGCGGCGAAAAUAAGCCCCUCCAUGUAUAAUCCCCUCCAGCGGCACAUACCCAGCAAAAAUUAACCCAAGUCCCCCCCUUCCCACCGUACCUCUUGUAAGGACAAAGGUUAAUAAGCUAUAAAUUCAGUAAUACCUAAACAUUGUUGACUGGUUUAAAAAAGUAUGAACUGUGGAAAUUUUCUGAGUGACCUUAAAGAGUUACAACAUGAAAAUUCUAAGUGAGUGAAGGACAAUAACUUAUUAACAUAACAUUGCAUUCAUUUGAUGUAUAUUGUCACAGUCUGGUAUGGAUGAAAAACCUGACACAAAAAGAAGCAAGAACAUCCAGUCUCUUGUUCAGGAGGUAAGGAUGCUCUUUGAUUUACAAUAAUAAGUAAUAAAAAUAAUGAACUAUCAUUUAAUUAAUAAAAUUAAUUAUUCUCCAGGACCCAGUAAUGUUCAAUUGAUGGUGGAUACCGCUAUGCAGUGGAUAAAUCUCUACGCACCGGAUAACGCAGCUGGUUUCUCUAAUACAAGUUUAUUCACUGGAUAGUAAUUUAUCCGGUGUAUUGGGCUAUCCAAUAUUUGAACAACUGGGGCCCAUUAAAUUACAGAAAGCCGUACUAGCAACUUUCUCAGCUAGUUUAGUUUUUGCUAUUUUGGGUAGCUUUUUGCCUCCAGUGACGACAGUGACCAGAAAACCGCACGACUAGCUUCAAAACCAGGAUUUUUUGCAAAAUUUCCAGGGGCAAAUGGGUUAAACAAGAAUACGUACUACCUAAACUUAUAUUUCCAGAAGUCGAGUGGGGGAGAUUCAAACCAAAAAACCCUCUUUUGGGGGAGUAUAUAUGGAUAUUAACUGGGUAAACACAUUCCUUAAUGACAGUUACAACUGUAGUUGUGGUUUGACCUAAUUUUAGGGUAAUCAACUGCCCUUUGGAGGUCAGCAAGUUGGAGGAGGGGCUCCAAACAGAACGGAAUCAGGAAGAGUUGCCACAGGUUUCCGUGCCGACCCUGAGCUAAGAUUUCCAAAGCAUGCAGCUAAAACUGAUGUUGAACCUGGUUUGGUGAGUGAAGCAGUGUGUAAUAUUAAUAAAUUAUUAUAGUAAUAAUAAUGGUAAUGAUGACGAUGAUAAAGUCGACAACGGCAUGUUACAUGUAAGCCUCACUGUAUUAUUCUUUACAAACUUGCGCUGAGUAAAAAAUAUUACUGUCUGAAGCACUUUAAAUGUCUAUCAAGGGUUGAAUAAUCUGUAAUCUUUCCUUACAAUCAUGUAUUAAAUCAUCAUGUAAGAAGUCAUGCAUCCUGACACAAUAAUUAUUUAGACAUUUCUAUAUUUGCAGAGGUAUGGUGGACGAGAUAAAAAAUACAGACAUGAAUUAGGUGAGUAUGUGAUGAAUUUUGAUUCUCCUUUACCAUUACUUAAAAAAUUCACAUUAGGUACAGCAUGUGAAUUAAAAGUACUUAAUGAAAAAUGAUUAUGUGAAAGAAAAAAAAAGAAAAACUGUGUUGCUCAACAAAGAGAAUGUGUGAUUAGGAAAGAAGGAAUUUAUAAUGUCUUUUGCCGAACAACCACAGGAAAAAAUAACGGAUUCCCAUUUUUGGAUAUUUUAGGGUAUUUAAAAAUAUCCAUAAAAAUCCCAAAUUUGGCAAAGUGAGACAAGUCCCAACCAGGGAAUUCCUAACCAAGUUCCCUGAUUGUGACUUGUCGCACUCUUCCAAAUUUGGUAUUUUUGUGGGUAUUCUUUAAAUACCCUAAAAUAUCCAAAAAUGGGAAUGUGUUAUUUUUUUCUGUGAACCCUCCCCCCGCCCCCGAUAUUUCCACUGUUUUGAAUUUCAGGACUUAGCGACAUGCAGCAUUUGGUAAUGAGGCAAAAAAUGUGUAGAUUUUCUCAUUUCCUGAUGAGGGAAUUGUUUGUUUGCAGACUCCAUGAUUGAAACCUCAAGAACAAGGAAAAUGCUUCAAAGAAGAAAGAGCAUUGAAGAUGAACUGCAACAUGUAAGUUAAUCAGUGAUAUUCUCACAACAGACCCUAAACAAUGAACAAAGGAAUUUAAAACUUCUGUACUUACAGAAAUUUCAGUACUAGAAAUAACAAAACAACAAACUAACAACAGAAAUAGAGUACCGUUAUAGACAGCUUUAUGCCAGGAUAAAUGAAUGAAUUUAGAGGUUUUGGAGAAUUUCAUGACAGCAGCAUACUUACUUUUAGUAUACUACUAGACUCUACAAUACAAUAACUACUACUCAGGUGAAUUAAAGAAUCGGUCACAGGAAGUUUGUAGGGGUGGGGCAGGGUUCUCUGGUUUAAAGAGGAUUAGACCUCUACACUUAAAACUUUGUAGGCCUGACUCUUUUUAAAAAAGGAUAUCAGUUUCAUUUCGAUUGAUGGAUUUUCCUGGUCACUUGACUUGUGACGCCCUUUUUUUCUACCUAUUUUGAUCCAAAGUUACACCACUUGUAAAACAUUUAAUAUUAUUUAAAUUGUUUUUUAUUUAUGACAAGGUUUAUGGAACUGAUUGGGGUUUUUGGAAAUUAAUUGUUUUAUGUAAACUGUAAUGUUUUCAUUUUAGAGGGAGACUGGGGCAAGUAGAAAACAUUGAAUUACCAAGUAAUAUAAUAUAUUAAAAUUCCCCGAUUAAUUUGACAUGUUUAGCAUUAAACUAAAAUUUUGCAUAAUUAUGGGCGUGGCCAGUCAUGCGAGUUCAAAAAGUGCAAUAUCAGCACCAAAAUGUUCCUUUCAUCUGGGUAUGGACAUAAUCAAAGAUAAAGGGAGUGUGAAACAAAAUGAGAAAAAUAGGGGUUUUUGCCAGGUAUCAGUGAGGAGCCAUCCUUAAUUCACAUUAGUAGACUUGACAACAUUUUGAAGAAACCCCUCAAAACCCCAAUCAUUUUAUGUUGUUUAUAGAUGAACACAGACCAGUUUGGAAAAGAAGGUGCUGGGGCUCCCCGGAAAACAGGAUCUGGUAAGUGGCAAUUUAUUUAAUGCAGCUUCUAAAUUUUGUCAAGCCUAGUUUCCUUGUGAUUGUCUCAAAAUGUGUUCACGUGGUUGAGACAUCCAUAUAGAAAGAAAUUUGAUGCAAUAAUCUCGUAGAAACACCUCAUGAAAAAAUAGCAAAUUUCCCUCUCAGAUCCCUCACCUAUCACUGACAUUAGACCUAAAGAAAUUCAAAUAAAUUUAUACUUUAACAAAACCCCUUUGGAAGGUGGAAGAGGUAAAAAUAUUGAAGACCUACUGAAGUGCGAAGCCCUUUAACAACCAGUUUAAAAGCUGAUACUUUGUGACAGAAAGUUCAUUAUUUAAAGAAAGAGAGAAAAAUAUACACAAAUGCUGCUAAGAUUUUCUAAUCCACAAAUGGAUUAAAAUUUUUUCAAUAAUGAUGAUCUUCUACUUACAUGUACCAUCUAAGUACCACCCAGGCAGGUAUAUUUAGGCCUUCCCUCUAGUGGUUUUAACUGCUGAGUUGCCUGUGAGUUGGCAAGUAACAAUGUUCAUUUUGUCUUUGUAAAGGAACUGUGAAAGCAGGCUUUCCCACGACCCUGUCCAAGGACAUAGAAGAACUCAGGCAUGUUAGCAGAAGGAAUCCACAGACCUUCAGUCAAGAUCGAGAUUCAUUUGAGGUGUGAAUGAGAGCGUUUCUUUUGAAUAGUUUUUAUGCCUUGAUAUGGGUGUGGAUUCCUCCAGUCUCUCAACUUGUAACAGUAAAUGAGUUCAGUGCUAUUUGGUGCUUAUUGGAAUUAAGUUAACCCAGCUGCUUAGGUCUUUAGCCGGUAUCAUAACCAAAUGCUUCUUGCUGACAUUGCUAAAUAAAGAUAAGGGUGAGGAUAAUAGGGGUAGGGGUUGUGAGCAGGGAGAGGGUAAGGGUAAGGGAUCAUUAUACAUUUCUGGGGAAACUCCCCACCUACCCUUCCCCUAAGCCAGCAUUAACACUUACUUCUCACUUAGGGCAAAAUGUUGGCUUAGGGAAGGGGUAGGUGGGCAGUUCCCCAGAAACGUGUAAUGAUCCAGGGUAAGUGUGAGGCUGAGGGUAAGGACAAUAGCGAGUGUCAGGGUGGGGGUGUGGGUGUGCGUGACGGCAAGGUUAGGGUUCAAGAGGGUAAGAGUAAGGGUCAGUAUAAAGGUGAGGGGGGAGGGGGUAAUAGUAAGAAUGAGGCUGAAGGAUAAGAGUGAGGGGAAGGGUAAGGCAGAGGCUUAGGGCAUGGAGAUUCCACAUCAGCUUGUUUGCAGUUGUUAAGUCGCGUAACUGUAUAGUGGCAUUUCUUUCUGGAGCAAAAUACCACAGGGUACCCAUGCCCUGGGUUUUAAAGAAAUGAUGUAAGCACUAAACGAGUGUACUGAGCAUGUGAUGAGUUAUUUUUAGAGUAAAAAAGGGUUAGGGUUAGGGUGGGGGUGAGGGCAAGGGUGAGGAUGAAGCAAGCAAGUUCUCUGAAGGUAAAAUAUGUUUAUCUGUUGCAGUAUAAUCCCUGGGGAAGAGGUUACGGAAACCCACCAACAUUUGAUCAACAAGGAAGAAUUGUCAAACCACUACGAGCAAGGGAUGAAAAUGACAUGGUAAAAUAAAAAAACUAUUGUUUCAAAGUGACCUGCAAUAUUAUUAUUAAAAUUACCUUAAAUGUGCAAUCAAUAAGAAAACUAUAUAAUCAUAGAAACCUGUUAAAAAUUCAACAGGCAGGAAUUGGUAUUGAAGUCAAUCGUCCAGGUGCUGGAGCUCCAAAUGUUGAUGAACAUGGAAACUUGAAAGUAAAGAAGGCACAAACGUUGACCAAAAGUUAUACUGGAGGUAACAAUAAGAACAAUUAUUAAUGAUUUACUCAUACUGUAGGCACUUAAAUUAAUUAAGGGUGACACUUAGUCGGGGGUGGUGCUUCUUUGAGUAAAUACAGUAUUACUUCAGCAAGAAAAAAUUUCCUUUUAUCCUGUAGACACAGUUCAGCGUGAUUUCAGCCCCAAAAAUAAGCGCAAUGUUUAUGACCCGUGGGGAAGAUCAGGGGCAGGUGCUCCAAUAAAAGAUGCCGAAGGGCAAAUCCAGACUCGGACAGCUGGCAAAGUAUUGCAUGAUUCAAGUGUAAGUAGACAUUAACACCACUUUUACUUUAAAUGCUUCCAAAAGUUAUUAAUAGCUUAUUCUCAAGAGCUGUGAUUUCAGUGAACCCAAGGUUGUCUUGCCUAUCUCAAGUAAAAAGUACAUUUUUCAUGCACAAGUGAUCACAACUCAACCAGUUUGAGGGUAGCAGCAAUUAAUAUUAUUAGCAGUAUGAAGUUUUGAGGGUAUUUAGUAUUAAGGGACCAGAAAAUUGGGGUCAGUCUCUGGUGGGUUCCUUGGUUACCUAUGCACCCCUCCCCCUCCAGCCCCAACCAGUAUUCCAGAUACUGCUUCAUAUUCUUACCCCUUUUUGAUAUAAUAAUUAAACCUCACCUCAGAAUACAAUCAUUAUUAGGUUUCAAUCAAAAUCUUAGAUCCUCCCUAGCAGGGGAUACAAAUUUAUUAGAUGUUAUUGAGGUUGUGUCCAUUACAUUUAGUUACAUUUCUGAAGUGAAAAAGAAUCUGUUUAUUAUCCUUAAAAAUUGAUGUUGUUUUAGUAUGAAUGGGAGGGCUUGUUGUAGUAGCUGGAUUAUCUUGAUCUCUGCCAUUAAUUUUAUUUAAGGAUCUAUGAAACGUAAUUGCGGACUAAUAAGAAGGCUAGGCUUUUAUAUGAAAAGACAGUGUGCCAAUUGUGUGCCACUCUGGCUAUCUUUUAGGGCAAAACCUGUGGGUUUACACAUGUCAUAACUAGCACUUUUUUCAUUACUUUGUAGGAUUAUUCUCCGGCUGGAAAAAUGGACACACAAGCAAAACAGCAUUUACUUUCAACUUUGUGUGAGUUGGGUUUUUGUAUUGGAUUAGACAAAAGUUUAUUUUGGCUGGGUCACCACAACAGUGCAUGUUACACCAAUUACUGCGUGCCCACACCAGACCCACAUCCUCCCGCUUGGAACCAAAGUAUUGCUUCAGUCACUCAAAAGUUCAAUACACUGACUUUUCUUUAAAUUUAUAUACAGUGACUCAGACUGAAGAAAGCAAAAGUCGAAGAAAAGCUGAACAUGAAGACCUGUUAAAUGUAAGAAAUGUACUAUUUAAAUUGACGAGUGUGUUUUCUUUACGCGAUAUGAUAUUGUGUGGAGUUUAAAAGUGUUGUUCUUUUUUGUCAUUUUAGAAUGAAACAGAUGCUGCUUCAUGGGUACGGUCUGGAAUAGUUGGACAACCCAGUUAUGAUCCGACUACUAAAGAAAUUAUUGCUCCUAAGAAAAACACGUCAGAUGUGACAUCACAGGUACAAUAAUAACCUUAGAUGCCAUUUUCCAGGGAAAUUUGCUUGAUGACUUAAGGCAAAAUUAGUAACUAUUUACUCUCGGCAUUGAUUUCUUUUUCUGUGGACCUAGCCUUAAUGUUUACUAUUGUUUUGACCAUAGGUAUUGAAUAUAAGGAGACCAAAGAAUGAGAAAAGCUACGACUAUCACACUGACCUUGAAGUUCAAGCUCACUGGAGAGAUCUACAGCGGAAAAAGAGUGCAGAGGAGCAGCGAAUCAAGUCUGUUGAGGUAGCAACUUAA